CCCGGCGGGAAUGGCCCGGUCCCGGCGGGGAAUGAAGCGCGGGAGCCCCGGCGUGGGGAGAGGGGCGAGAGCAGAGCUGGGGGAGCUGCGGCAGCCUGGAGGGGCGGUGGGGCCUGGAGAUGAGUGGGGUCCGGGUCGGGCGAAGCUCGGAGCGCUGUCGGGGAGGGGAGGGGAAGGCGUGAGUGUGUGGAGUGGGGGAUGCUGAAGAAGGGAGCCCGGGAGCCCCGGGAGCCGAGGCAGAAUCGGGGGAGGAUGAGCCCUGGCAGCCCCGACACCCCCUGAGCAUGGCUGAGCAGGAGCCGGGGGAGGGGGCGUCCCCAGGAGCCACGGGCCCCCCAAAGGAAGGGCUCUGGAACGGGGGAAGUGCCGGGAGAGUUUCUUUGGCCUCCUGCUUUGGGGAUUUUUGUGGGCACCAGAGCCGCGGUGAUCUCUAGAGAUGGAUUUGGGCAGUGGGACCUUCAAAAGCCAAGGCACUCACACCUUGUUUUUUCCCCCAGACCUGGAUUUCCCAUUCCUAAACCUUGGCCAGAUGGAGGAGGAGGAGGCUGCGAGGAAGAGGAAGAUGCCCCAGGACAGCCAGGCAGACAAGGAGCUGAGGAUGGAGACCAGGGAGGACAAAUCCUCGGGUCAGAACCUCGUGGAAGAGGCUGUUUUGAGCGGCUCCACGGGACAGGAAUCCAACAGGGAGGAAAAGCCACGGAGAACCCGCAGGAGGAGGAGCUGCAAACCCAGCCCAGGGUGCUCUGAGAAGGAAAGACCCACCCUGAGCCGGGAAAGCGGCCGGAGAUCCAGCCGGGGCUCUGAGCUGGUGGUCCAUGAGAAGCUCCAGGAUGGGAAGAAGCCCCACCAGUGCUUGGAGUGUGGGAGGAGUUUCUUCAAAAGGUCCCGCCUGCUCCGCCACCAGAUGAUCCACACGGGGGAACGGCCCUAUGAGUGUGGGAAAUGUGGGAAAGGCUUCAGAAACACCUCGAGUCUGCUCAUCCACCAGACCGUCCACACCGGGGAGCGUCCCUAUGAAUGUGGGGAGUGUGGGAAGAGCUUCAGCACCAACUCCCACCUGACUGUCCACCAGAGGAUCCACACCGGGGCACGGCCCUACGAAUGUGGGGAAUGUGGGAAGGGCUUCAGCACCAGAUGCCGCCUGACUGUCCACCAGAGGAUCCACACCGGGGAACGGCCCUACGAAUGUGGGGAAUGUGGGAAGAGCUUCAGCGCCCAGUCCAAUUUGAUCCGCCACCAGAAGACCCACACGGGGGAACAGCCCUACGAGUGUGAGGAAUGUGGGAAGAGAUUCACCGCCAGCUCCAGUUUGAUCCGCCACUGGAUGAUCCACAGUGGGAUACGACCCUAUGUGUGUAGGGAAUGUGGGAAGGGCUUCCGUGUCCGCUCUUGUCUGAUCAUGCACCAGUCAGUUCACACCGGGGAAUGUCCCUACACGUGCUCAGAGUGUGGGAAGAGCUUCACCCAGCCCUCCAACCUGACCAUGCACCAGAGGAUCCACACCGGGGAGAGGCCCUACAAGUGCUCAGAGUGUGGGAAGAGCUUUGUGCGGAGCUCCCACCUGAACAUCCACCGUAAGAUCCAUACCAGGGAGACGCCCUACAAGUGCUCACAAUGUGAGAAGAGCUUCAUCUAUCGCUCCAGGCUUAUCGCCCACCAGCGCACCCACAGCAUGGAGGGACCCUAACGGUGUCCCCAGUGUGGGCAGAGCUUCUCCCAGAGCUCUACCGUGAGCCAACAGCAAGGGAGGCCCCGGUAAGGGAAGCCCUGCGUGUGCCCCGCGUGCAGGAAGAGCUUUGUGCGCUGCCCCAGCUCCAUCCUCCUCUGGAUGAUCCCCAGUGAGCCUGGCUGGGCAGGGACUCGGUGAUCCGUGCUCCUGGUGAUCCGUGCUGGGAAGACACCUGGCUGGUGAUGUCCACAUCUUCCUGGCUCCCUGUGCUCACCUGGGCUCAGCAGGAGCUCAAGGAGCACAGCCGUGGACAGUGACACGGGGAGCCACGAACAUGGGAGGGG